CACACACCCCACCUCCAACAGCAUGAGUAUCCAGCAACUCCCAGACAGAUGCAUUCGCUUGGUGCGUUCAGGAGCGUCGAUAACCGAUAUUUGUGAUGUCGUGCUAGAGCUAGUCUACAACAGCAUUGAUGCUUCUGCAACUCGCAUCGUUAUUUGCAUCAACUUGCCUCAGUUCUCCGCUUCAGUUCAGGACAAUGGCUGUGGAAUCGACGCCAUUGGAAUGCAAAGCAUCGGCCGAAGGUAUCACACGUCCAAGCUCUUUGCCGAUCGCAACACACGUGGCUUUCGUGGAGAAGCUCUGGCCAACAUCUCAAACAUUGGGUUGAUCGACGUGACCAGCCGUAGCACGCGUGCAAACACAUACAUGAGAUGCCUUGUUCGCAACGAACGCCAGCUUCUCUGCAGCCGAGUCCAGCAAGCAGCAGAAUCAGAAUUCAGCAACACCACAGUGCGGGUGCAAAACAUAUUUGGCAGCUACCCAGUGAGACGACAGAUCAUGCAGGAAUCCACCAGGAGAGUCCUGGACACUCUACGGGCGCGACUCUUGAGCUGCGCACUGGCUGACCCAGAGAUCUCGCUGCGGCUGGUCAAUGAGGGGAGCGGGUCAACAAUUCUGCACUGGAACAGCACUCGGUCCCUGAGCCACCGCGUUGCACAAAUAUAUGGGCCGCGCGUUGCACAGGAUCUCGAUUUCAUUUCUAUGGAGUUCGGACGAUACUUGCUCCGGGGAUCAGUGUCAAGGAAGCCUGCUCUAUCUCGAAUCCAAUAUAUAUUUGUUGACCGUGCGCCAAAUGCAAUACCUGCGCUGGCAGCCGUGGCCGAGUCCGUGUUUAGCAAUAGUCAAUAUACAAGCCAGGAAAACCCUGCUAUUGAUUCCAGGUCGGCCGGCGAUUUGCGGGCGCAAUACCCCGUGUUUGUGCUAAUGAUAACAACAAAAUCAGAGACCACUGGCGGCAGUGGUUCGCUUGAUGUGUGGGCGGAGCGAAAAAACCCAUCUGUGACACCCGAAAUGAAGCGCCUCGUUGUCAUGGCCUGUUUAAAGUUCCUACGGAAGUAUUCGCUGGUGACAGACGCACAAAUGAAGUACAUCAUUGAUGGAAUUGACACACCACCACGUACGAAACGUAAGGCUGACGACAGUCUAGGCACUGAUUUGGCGGAAGGCACUGCUCGUGGCGAGUCUGUGUCGUCGCGGCCACAAACACAGUCGCAGAGCCUGCUACGCCCUAGGUUCCCACUGAUGCCCAGUCUGCGACAACCACCGUAUGUGUCGCAUGAGGACGACUGGCAUGGCCGCAGGCCAAUUCCAAAGGCAAAAUCGCUUGCACUUGACAUGGACAACGGCAACCUUGAUGUGGCCGAUCCACAAGCAGUGCUACAGGCAGCAGCAGUCAUCGGACAGGCGGACAACAAGUUUAUCAUGUGCCAGUCAAAUGGAGUGUUGCUGGCCAUUGACCAGCAUGCGGCUGACGAGCGCAUCAGACUUGAGCACUUUUAUAGUAGCCUGAGCGCGGCACUGGCUCAAAUAUCCGGACUGGGUGUCAGAGAUACAAUUGCUCAUGUGGAGGGCAUUACUCUGCUCAUGCCACCGGUGCAGGUUGUACUCAGCCGGCAUGACUGUGACACAGCGCUGUCGCAGGCCGACAAGUUCAAGAGACUUGGUUUCAUUAUCAGUGAGGAUGGAAGACGGGAUCCACAAGAUAUGGUAGAAUCGCAUGUGGUGAUCGAAUGUGCUCCGACUGUGCUAGUGUCACGGUUCACUGGUGACAUGCGACGAGUCGACAGAUAUGCGAAGGAGCUGGUGAUCGCAAUUUCACAGUGGCGGCCGCUGCACAGCGCUAGAGGCGUGCGGGCUUUGUCAGCCAGUCAGCAGCAUAGCCAGCCGGCGGAACCAGAUUUGGAGGCUGCGGACGGGUGGCCAGCGCUGGCUAACGUUCCACCACUAAUCGCUGAAUCCCUAAAGUCGAUUGCGUGCCGCGGAGCAAUAAAAUUCAACGAUCCGCUGUCACACUGUGAGUGCACGGCUCUGGUACGCGACUUGGCUCGGUGCCGGUUUGCAGGAUUCUGCGCACAUGGCAGGCGAUCACUCGCUCAAAUAGCCUGGUUAUGAAGGAUACCGUGUCUCUAGCUGCAACAGCCAGCCAGAG